UGGUAUGCGGUUUGUUUGGACUAUUGAGAUAUUGGAUGAUGAUGGAAGGGAGGAUGAAGAGAGACUACAGAUGAAUUCACGAUCAACUUUUGCGAUUCCGAAUAUGUCCGACUAUGUGCGAAAUAAGUGCUCGUUUUAACGCUGUAUAUAGACCGGAGAAGUCGAAUUCUCUCGUAAGAGUAAGGGCAGGAACUCGUUUGUUUGGCGGUUCUUGGUAUGCUCACCUGACGAGGCGUUUUCUCGUCGUGGUCGGAUGGUUGGCGUUUGGAAGCAUCUCCGCGGCUGAAUUGCCAGACGCCUCCAGCGAGAAAGUGUAUGUUUCCUUCCAACGACGAUAUGAACAUCACAUUUUGGAGACGUCGACAGCGAAUACCAAGUUGAUGCGCAUGACACGCAAUGUAUUCUGCAUCAAUGCGAUCUAUGCAGAGGUGAAACUGGACUCCCUCCUUCCCCUCGGAAAUGCUCACACAGACGCUCGGGUGACGUUUUCGGCGAACGAAGGAAGCGACGAGAAAACUGCUACCUGGCUCACGUCACUCUUGCUACCUCUCCCUUCUGAUGACCAAAGCGCAAUCUUCCUAUGGCUCUGCUUGCCCUAUUGGACGUAAUGGGAAGUGUUUCAAGUGUUUCUCUGUGUCUUCAGGUAGGGUUGUUGCGGGUGCUGCGGGUGGUAAGUCCGAUGCUUUUUCUUUUUGCUUUGCUAUAAGAUAAAAUGCUGCUGAU